AUGGAAAUUGUCAGUGAGAGGACUAUUGAGCAAGAUAGCGGUCAGCCACUGAUUGUAGUCAUUGAGAUACGUUUCGAAUACAAUAAGAACGAUAUUGUAUUAGAGUUAGUUCAUUUGCUAGAGUUCCUCAGCGAGUUUUAUACUUCUAGUGACAAUGUGAUGAUCGAUUUACAAGUUGCAAGUACGGAGUCAUUCCAUUCUUGGUCAUGGGAAAAAGCUCUUUAUAUCGCUAGACGAUCAACGAACUUCCCAGUUCCCGUUUUCCUUACGCAGACCACGGGGGUUAAAGUCAACUAUUUGAAGUCUAACAGAUCGUUAAAAAAUUUUAGAGAAACAGUUCGGAAUGCAUCAAUAUCGUUGGAUGAUAGUGAUAAUUACAACGAUGGUUGCGACUAUGAAACUACAUUGAAAGUGACUCUUUUACACUUUGUCCAAUUGAAUGGUGUUGAUGAAAUUUUUUUGGAACAAAUGCUGCAAAACUACCACUGUUUAGAGGAAGUUCUAACGACGACUGAAGAAUAA